AUGGCAGUCUAUUAUAUGGGACUGAAGAUGACUGCCGUUUGUCUUAUUGCUUUUUUGGUACGAUGCUUACUUAGUUUACCAACAGAAGAGUGGUCUUCGUUUAAGGAUAGUCGGACUGUGUCGACAGUAAUGGCCAACUGGCACUACAUUGGCACAGAUGACCUGAAUCAUCAGUUUAACGGUGAAGGACCCAGACGUCUGACUAAACUAAAAACCUUUUACAUCGAUAAGUAUCUUGUAAGCAAUGUAGACUUCGAGAUGUUUGUCAAGGAAACUGGUUACAUGACCGAAGCUGAGAAGAAUGGCAGCUCACACGUAUUUGACGAGUUUUUGAGCCCAAGGGUCAAGAGAAACAUUCGGCAAGCUGUACUGACUACUUCUGGGGCAUUAUUCGCCAAGAAUGCCGAUUGGAGAAGACCCGAGGGCAUCAAUUCCAAUUUAUUAGAUAGGAUGGAUCUCGCGGUCGUUCACGUUUCUUGGAAAGAUGCGGCAGAAUACUGCAAGUGGGUGAAUGGAAGACUUCCAACCGAAGCUGAAUGGGAAGCCACUUGUAGAAGUGGACCUGAUGACAAGCGGCACACUUGGGGAAACAAUAUGCUAAUGCCAAAUGGCCAAUCAAAAAAAAACACUGAGUACGAGACGGUUUUGACGGAUGAUCUUAAUAAUAUCGACUACAUUUUGUCAAGUAACCGCAAUAAUCGAAAUCCUAUUGUCAAUAUAUGGGAAUGGACUUCAGAUUGGUGGACGGUCAAACACUCGGCUGAACGACAAAUUGACCCUACCGGACCUCCGAGUGGAUCUGACAAGGUCACGAAAGGUGGUAGCUCCUACAUGUGUCUAGAAGGCUACUGUUCAAGGAAUAAUUGCGCUGCUAGACGUCAGCACGCUCCAGACUUUUCAGCCAACAACAUAGGCUUCCGAUGUGCUUCAACACAUGAUUAUUACUAA